GACUCUCGACUAGUAGUGCCAGAUAGUGCUGCGGUGUCGUUUUGGCCUUUUCUCUUCUGGCCGCUCCGACCUGCAUUCAUCUCAGAUCGAAGCUGCUGGUCCUCCGUCUUCACCGCGUCUCCGGCCUUCUUUUAUUUUGCUUGCAUUUCCGGCUGCUGGAUGUCAUCUUCAAUUAGAGGGACGCGUACUGAAGAUUGGUGUGCUAGAUGAAUUGUAGUAGCUUUAUUAUGCUUGACAAGUGCCACCAUGGGCAUGUUUUUGGUGAAAUGGAGAGGGCUGUGGCUUCUUUACAUUCUACUGAUUUAUAUUACGGUGAACAAAGGCAGAGCAAUCAGUGUUGAUGGUGAGGCACUUUUAAGCUUUAGGACAGCAGUUGUUAGUUCAGAUGGCAUUCUACUUCAGUGGAGACCAGAAGAUCCUGAUCCAUGUAAUUGGAAAGGAGUAAAAUGUGAAAAUAAAACCAAGAAAGUAAUCAGCUUGAGUCUUUCUGGUCAUAAAUUGAGUGGCUUUAUACCUCCUGACAUAGGGAAGCUAGAUCAGCUAAAGUUUUUAUCUCUUCAUGACAACAACUUCUAUGGUACUAUUCCUUCAGACUUGGGGAAUUGCACGAAAUUGCAAGGAAUAUACUUGCAGGGUAAUUACUUAAGCGGAUUAAUCCCCAGUGAUUUGGGAAAGCUUUCUGACCUCCAGUAUUUAGAUAUUUCAAGUAACUCUCUGAGUGGAAGUGUCCCUCUGUCUCUGGGGAAGUUGGAUAAUCUUCAUACUUUCAAUGCGUCAAAUAACUUUCUUGUUGGACCAAUACCAUCUGAUGGCAUCCUUACCAACUUGCCUGAAAGCUCGUUUGUUGGAAAUCGUGGUUUGUGUGGGAAACAAAUCAAUGUGAUAUGCAAAGAUGACAAUGGAGGCUCUGCUCCAAAUUCCCAAUCCCCAAACUCAGAACAAAGUCAAGGUGGAAAGAAGAAAUACUCUGGCCGGCUACUAAUUAGUGCAUCAGCAACUGUAGGAGCACUGCUUCUGGUGGCUCUCAUGUGUUUCUGGGGUUGCUUUCUUUAUAAGAAGUUUGGUAAACUUGACACUAAAGGUCUUGCAAUGGAUGUCAGAGAAGGUGCAUCAAUUGUUAUGUUUCAUGGAGAUUUGCCGUACUCUUCUAAAGACAUCAUUAAGAAAUUAGAGACUUUGAAUGAGGAACACAUAAUUGGUGUUGGGGGUUUUGGAACAGUGUACAAGCUUGCAAUGGAUGAUGGCAAUCUAUUUGCACUAAAAAGAAUUGUAAAGAUGAAUGAGGGCUUUGAUCGUUUUUUUGAAAGGGAGCUAGAAAUUCUUGGAAGUAUAAAACACCGCUACUUAGUGAACUUGAGGGGAUAUUGCAAUUCUCCUACAUCAAAGUUGUUGAUCUAUGAUUUCCUAUCUGGUGGAAGCCUCGACGAAGCUCUUCACGAAAGAUCUGAGCAGCUAGACUGGGAUGCACGCUUGAAUAUUAUAAUGGGAGCAGCAAAGGGCCUGGCUUACUUGCAUCAUGAUUGCUCGCCUAGGAUCAUACAUCGAGAUAUAAAGUCAAGCAAUAUAUUACUCGAUGGAAAUCUUGAGGCACGAGUAUCUGAUUUUGGACUCGCCAAACUGUUGGAGGACGAAGAAUCUCACAUUACAACAAUUGUUGCUGGAACAUUUGGUUAUCUGGCUCCAGAGUAUAUGCAAAGUGGUAGAGCAACUGAAAAGACUGAUGUUUAUAGUUUUGGGGUCCUGGUGCUUGAGGUGUUGAGUGGGAAGAGACCCACAGAUGCAUCAUUCAUUGAGAAAGGCCUCAACAUUGUUGGCUGGUUAAAUUUUCUGGUCACAGAGGAUAGGCAAAGAGACAUUGUUGAUCCGCAGUGUGAAGGAGUGCAAGCUGAAAGCCUUGAUGCCUUGCUCUCCGUUGCCAUUCAAUGUGUUUCUUCAAGUCCAGAAGACCGACCCACCAUGCACAGGGUGGUCCAGCUGCUUGAAUCUGAGGUUAUGACACCAUGCCCUAGUGACUUCUACGAUUCCAACUCUGAUUAAGAAAAAAAAACCUGUGUGGAUGUGGAAAGUUCGGAAUUGCAUAUACGUGCACAAACAGCAAACAGUUGGAGGGGCUCAGUAUCUGCAAAGGUACAGUAUCCAUUUCAUCCGUUCAAUUUUUUUCUGCAGCUUAGCAAGAUUUACAAGUGACCUGCAGCUGUCCCUUUGCCCAUGGUACAUGACCAUCAAUUUAUUGAUCAUCAAUGAAUUUCUGUCCUUCUGGGGGGCUAUUUGCUCCCUUAAUCUCAUUUCAGAUGAGUGCUCUCUUUCUAUCGUUUGUUCUCUUUUGUUGUUGUAAGUCCACUUGCCUUUUUGUUCCUCCCUACAUUAAGUGUAUAUGAUAUUGAUAUAAAUCGAAAGGUGGCCUCUCCACAAGUGAUUCUUGUUGAUGCCAUUUUGUAAAAUAUGAUUUUAUGACAAUAAUCAGUUAGAUGAAUAUAGUAGUAAGAGUCUGAGGCUGUUGUGGUUUC